AUGAACGAAGAGAACGAGACUCCUUGGCCUUCUUUCCUCAUAGAUCUGGACCUCGCGAUUCGGGAGAAACGAGACCAGCCGUCCGGUGCACAUGGAAAGACUGGAACGAGAGCCUUCAUGCCCAUAGCACAAUUGCUGGGUGAUGAGCUCACCUUUCUUCACGGCUUAGAGUCAUUCUUCUGGGUGCUCUUCUGGGUUUGUAUCCAUUUCAAUGGUCCGAAUGACACCGGACGGGUAGUUAAAGAGUUCGACGAAUGGAACUAUGUUAGCACGGAGGAUCUAGCUAAACUAAAGCUGGGAACGGUCUCGGACGACGAGAUUUUCAAGAACACUAUGGACAAAUUUACGGAAUACCACCAACUGUUGAAACGGUGGGUUGAUGAGUUGCGAAGGGUGAUUUUCCCUAAUGGGAAGAUCCGGAGAGAGGAUAACAAAGGUGUCUUUUCCCGAAUGCUCUCGAUACUGCAAGCUGCGAAAAAGGCGUUGGAAGUCGUAUAG